CCCUAAUUUACCAUAAAAGAUGAUAGUAGUAUUUUUGGCGGCUAGGUGGAAUCCAACAAUCCCCGUGUUCUUAGGGCUGAAGUGUCGACAACAGCCGUGCCACCCACACUCCUUUCCUUUCUCUCUCUUAGGGGCUUAGGGAAUCAGAUCGGUGAAUACAGACAUCAUGUCGGAUCAGAGAUUGACCCGUAUUGCCAUCGUUAGCGCAGACAAGUGCAAGCCCAAGAAGUGCCGCCAAGAAUGCAAGAAGAGCUGCCCAGUUGUUAAAACUGGUAAGUUAUGUAUAGAGGUCACCACAGCCUCAAAGAUUGCUUUCAUCUCAGAGGAGCUGUGUAUUGGAUGUGGUAUUUGUGUAAAGAAAUGCCCAUUUGAAGCAAUUCAGAUCAUCAAUCUGCCAAAAGAUUUAGACAAGGAUACAACCCAUCGUUAUGGUCCCAACACUUUCAAAUUGCACAGGUUACCUGUCCCUAGGCCAGGACAGGUUCUUGGUCUGGUUGGAACAAAUGGUAUUGGAAAGUCAACUGCCCUAAAAGUUUUGGCUGGAAAAUUGAAGCCAAACUUGGGACGCUUCAGUAACCCUCCUGAUUGGCAAGAGAUCUUGACUCACUUUCGAGGAUCCGAAUUGCAGAAUUACUUCACUCGCAUUCUGGAAGAUAAUUUAAAGGCAAUUAUCAAGCCUCAGUAUGUCGACCAUAUUCCAAAGGCAGUUCAAGGAAAUGUUGGACAAGUGCUUGACCAAAAAGAUGAGAGAGACGUGAAGGAAAGACUCUGUGUUGAUCUAGAGCUGAAUCAGGUUUUGGAUCGUAAUGUAGGUGAUCUAUCUGGUGGAGAGCUUCAGAGGUUUGCUAUUGCUGUUGUUGCAAUACAAAAUGCAGAGAUAUACAUGUUUGAUGAGCCUUCGAGUUACCUUGAUGUGAAGCAAAGGCUUAAAGCUGCCCAAGUUGUCAGAUCCUUGCUUCGACCAAAUAGCUAUGUCAUCGUUGUGGAGCAUGAUCUUAGUGUGCUUGAUUAUUUGUCGGAUUUCAUUUGCUGUUUAUAUGGGAAGCCUGGUGCAUACGGGGUUGUGACCCUACCCUUCUCAGUCAGGGAAGGAAUUAAUAUAUUUUUGGCUGGGUUUGUGCCUACAGAAAAUCUACGUUUUCGUGACGAGUGUCUUACUUUUAAGGUUGCUGAGACCCCACAAGAGGCUGCUGAGGAAAUUGAAUCAUAUGCACGCUACAGAUAUCCAACCAUGACUAAGACUCAGGGUAAUUUCAAGCUUAAGGUUGCCGAGGGUGAAUUUACUGAUUCACAGAUUGUUGUGAUGCUCGGUGAGAAUGGGACUGGGAAGACUACCUUCAUUCGCAUGCUGGCUGGUCUAUUAAAGCCUGAUGUGGUGGAAGGAUCUGAUAUUGAGAUACCAGAGUUCAAUGUUUCAUACAAGCCCCAGAAAAUUAGUCCAAAAUUUCCAUCCACUGUGAGGCAUUUGCUACAUCAAAAAAUACGUGAUUCUUAUACACACCCCCAGUUUUGUUCAGAUGUGAUGAAGCCUCUCCAAAUUGAGCAAUUGAUGGACCAAGAAGUUGUGAAUCUUUCUGGUGGUGAGUUGCAAAGAGUUGCCUUAGCCCUCUGCCUUGGAAAGCCCGCUGAUAUAUAUCUGAUCGAUGAGCCAAGUGCCUAUCUUGAUUCUGAGCAACGUAUUGUAGCUUCUAAAGUCAUCAAGAGAUUCAUUCUUCACGCGAAGAAGACUGCAUUUGUUGUAGAGCAUGACUUUAUAAUGGCGACUUACCUGGCAGAUAGAGUCAUUGUAUACGAAGGGACGCCUUCCAUAGAUUGUGUUGCAAAUGCACCUCAGUCACUGUUGACCGGAAUGAACUUAUUUUUAUCACAUCUGAAUAUUACAUUUAGAAGGGACCCAACUAAUUUUCGUCCAAGGAUCAACAAACUGGAAUCAACCAAGGAUAGGGAGCAGAAGUCAGCUGGAUCCUAUUAUUAUUUGGAUGAUUAACCAGAACAGGUUGUGCAUCCAUGAUCCUUGCUUACCUCUUUUAAUUGGCACCUUGAUGUUAACAGAAGAUCCACUCUUCCCUAAGGUGCUAAUCGAUGAUCACGAGCAGCCUCUGGUUAUUUUCUUAUAUCAUAGACGUCUGACGUGAUUAUUAGACGUCUGAGAGCAGCGAACACAUGAUUAGAUAUCAGCAGAAUGCCUUUUGUUUCAUCGUUGAUUUAGUAAUUAUUACUGGUAUUAUGUACUCAUAAAUGUAGUUUUGUUCACCAAUUUUGACUUGCAGAGGGAGUAGUUGAUUUCUCAUUUUGUAUGUUUAUCUGUGGCACAUGAAUGAAAAUUGAAGUGACACUUGAUGAAAUGUCUUUGAAUAA